AUGUUUUUCAAGUAUCAAAAAUAAUAGCACAAGUCAUAUCAGGUAGCAUCUGGUAGUGGAGAUAAGUCUAUCCGUUUAUGGGAUGUUAAGACAAGAUAAUAAAAUGCCGAAUUAGAUGGUCAUUCUGGAACAGUUUAUUCAAUUUGUUAUUCUCCUACAUUAGCAUCUGGCAGUGAAGAUAGCUCUAUCUGUUUAUGGGAUGUAAAUAUAGGAUAAUAAAUCUUAUCUUCUAAUAAUCGUUAUAAAAACAUAUUAACAAAAUUUUCACCUCCUACUUUUACAAACAAUCUACUCCGAGAAAGUGGUAUUUAUUAUUCAUUAUUCUUUAGUUACUGUUCCUAACACUAUUCUUCUGAUAUCACAAUAGCUAAUAUUUUAAACUUACAAAGCUCUACUUUUGAAGGGAGAAUUUAUUAAUCAAUCAGGAGACAUUAUUUAAACAAAAAGGAAGUUGGUUCUUUGA